AUGCCAUCUGGAGGUGUGACAGAAUCUUGUCAGGAAUGGGCUUAUAGAUGCCAUUUGGAAAUAUAUGCCCUGGCUAGAUACAAGUAUCGAAUCUACAAUCAAACACUCACAGAUAUGCCCUGGCUAGAUACAGGUAUCGAAUCUGGAACUUCAAACUCUUCAUACAGAUAUGCCCUGGCUAGAUACAGGUAUCGAAUCUACAAUCAAUCGCUCACAGAUAUGCCCUGGCUAGAUAUAGGUAUCGAAUCUGGAACUUCAAACUCUUCAUGCAGAUAUGCCCUGGCUAGAUACAGGUAUCGAAUCCACAAUCAAUCGCUCACAGAUAUGCCCUGGCUAGAUACAGGUAUCGAAUCUAGAACUUCAAACUCUUCAUGCAGAUAUGCCCUAGCUAGAUACAGGUGUCGAAUCUACAAACAAUCACUCACAGAUAUGCCCUGGCUAGAUACAGGUAUCGAAUCUGGAAUUAGUCGUCUACAGACAUGCCCUGGCUGGAUACAGGUAUUGAAUCUGGAAUUCUUCGUCUACAGAUAUGCCCUGACUGGAUACAGGAAUCGAAUCUCUAAACUCUUCAUGCAGACAUGCCCUGGCUGGAUACAGGUAUCGAAUCUACAAUCAGUUACUCACAGAUAUGCCCUGGCUAGAUACAGGAAUCGAAUCUGGAAUUCUUCGUCUACAGAUAUGCCCUGGCUGGAUACAGAUAUGCCCUGGCUGGAUACAGGAAUCGAAUCUCUAAACUCUUCAUGCAGACAUGCCCUGGCUAGAUACAGGUGUCGAAUCUACAAUCAGUUACUCACAGAUAUGCCCUGGCUAGAUACAGGAAUCGAAUCUGGAAUUGCAACAGUUGAUAUCGUUGCUUUUCUUUCUGUUACUUCAAAAGUAGCUGCUUCAGCUUCAGCCACUAGAAUUUUGGAUAUUCCUUUUUAUUUCUCAUCAAACGAAUGGCAUCUUCUUCUAGAAAUCCUAGCUAUUCUUAGCAUGAUAUUAGGGAAUCUCAUUGCUAUUACCCAAACAAGCAUGAAACGUAUGCUUGCCUAUUCGUCCAUAGGUCAAAUCGGAUAUGUAAUUAUUGGAAUAAUUGUUGGAGACUCAAAUGGUGGAUAUGCAAGCAUGAUAACUUAUAUGCUGUUCUAUAUCUCCAUGAAUAUAGGAACUUUUGCUUGCAUUGUGUUAUUUGGUCUACGUACCGGAACUGAUAACAUUCGAGAUUAUGCAGGAUUAUACACGAAAGAUCCUUUUUUGGCUCUCUCUUUAGCCCUAUGUCUCUUAUCCUUAGGAGGUCUUCCUCCACUAGCAGGAAUAUCAAUGAACCCUAUUAUUGAAAUUGCUCAGGAUACCCUUUUUUAG